AGCCUCGGAAAAGUCACUGCAGUGCGUCUUGUAGACGGUACACAGUGCUGCCGCUGUGCGCCGGAGGAGGGAGGAAGCAUUAUUCCCCACACAAUUAACACAGCCGAAACCAAACCCCAUUAUUCCCAGACUCAGCACCGAAGUUAAAAAAAGAUUUUAUAAAGAACGCAAAACUCUCCAAUUUUCCAAUCUUUUCGACAAAACCAUUAACAGAAAGCGCAGACUAAAUCUCUGUACUGAACAAAAAUCAUGAUUUAUUACAACUGAAUAGAUUCUUGCCAGAAAGAAACAGUUGACAUGUAACUCCAUCUCUAACCACCUUAUAAACACUCUGACAUACACAGAUAGAGACAAAAAUUGGUGUUCUGGUUGGAGGGGAAGACAAGGAAGCCAGUUCAAUGGUCUCUGUCCACAGGGUUUCGCUGAGAUGAUCCUUUUGGCUUGUGGUCGUUCCUCUUCCUUCUCCAGGUACUUUUGCUUGCAGGAGGGACACGGUGGCUGAUUCACACUCUAAGUGUUUGACCUACUGACUAAGAGCCACAACUUACAGAACUGAUGGGAAGAGAUAGACUAGCUUUUUCCAGGCUUGAGAGGUGUUUCUAAUACAGACAAAAGAACAGCUCCUUCCCUUUCAACGGUCUGACAACUGCUAACCAAACAUUCAUCCCCAUAAGAUAUCCAGCUACCUGGCAGCCAAUCACAUCGCUGUUGGCAGGCAAGAGACCUUUGUCAUCAACCGGUGAUCACUAUUCCAUAGACCAAUCAGCUGCUUGUUGCCGGGAGGAAUCUCCCUUCGUACACACCCCGGGAUCAGCAUGUCUGUCGUGACCUCCCCCACUGCUCGAACGAGCAGCUGUGUAAACAGCACUUACAAUCGGGUAAUCUGCUGUUAAAAAGUGCAGCAAUUCUUUCCACAGUCCUCGGUUUUUAAACUUCAGUCCACAAUAAAAAAAAACCAAGUAGAAUAAAAAGUUACGGCUUUUGCAGAAACUGGUUAAAGAUUUGGAAAUUUACGGGAAGUAGGCGAGGCCUGCGUAUUCUCUUGGCUGUACAGCAGGUGGAAAAACAAAGCUCAACUCUAGAAUGCAAAGCUAGUCUCAGUGUUGGUGACCAUGAAACUAGCUGCAAUUAGGUAAAAUCCCAUCUGGUUCACUCAUGGCCUGGGUUGGGGGAGGGGGAGGCAAAUCUGCCAGUCUUACCUGGUAUGGGCUUACGUGUGACUCCAGACCCUACAGCGAAGGGCCCGACUCUUAAUUGCCUUCUGAAGUGGCUUCAGAGAGACGCUCAGUUCAAAGGGCGAGUAGGGAUGGGCAACACAUCCCGUGAGACAACAAAGCUUUUCUUUUCGAAUCAUGGAAUCCCUAUAGUAUGGAAGCAGGCUGUUUGGCUGGCGCAACAGGUCCACACCAACUCUCCGAAGAGCAACCCACCCAGACUUGCUCUCCUAUUCCCUAUAACUCUACAUUUCCCAUGGCCAAUCCACCCAGCCUGCAUAUCCCUGGACAAUAUGGGGUAAUUUAGCAUGGCUAAUCCACCCUUACCUGCACUCUUUUCGUCUGGGGGAGGAAUCCGGAGCACCUACAGCAGACACUGGGAAAAUGUGCAAACUCCACCCAGACAGUCAUCAGAGGCUGGAAUUGAACUUGGGCCCCUGGCACUGUGAGGGAGCAGUGCUAACCAUCAAGCCACCAAACAGGAGGCUAUUUAGCCCAAAUUUUAAAAAAAAAGUGCUGGAGAAACUGAGCAGGUCUGGCUGUAUCUGUGGAAAGUGAAACUGCAUCAGUGUUUUGAGUCCAAUAUGAUCUGUCUUUGGAACUGCUCAGGAAUCUUCAGUUCUGAAAGACUUGAAAUGUUUCGCCCUCCACGGAUGCUGCAGAGUUUCUCCAGCAGUUUCUGUAUUUCCUUCAGAUUUCCAGCAUUUUGCUUUUAUUUGAGGCCAUUCAGCCCUUAAGCUUGUGCUGCAUGAUGCCAUUUAAAGACUGGCUGUAUUGCAACUUUUAAUUUGAGGGCCAGAAUUUCAGACUUCUGCAGUUUUCCAUAGGAAUGUUCUUCCUGAAACCACUGCUGAAACGCAGUCAGCCUUCCUCCCACCAAUGCGACAUCUCAAUAGAGGCUGGGAGCCUGCUUUGAAGAGGCCUUGAUUAAACCAAUGAGAGUGUGGAUUGCUGUGUUGGUCUUGAGCUGGAAUUAAUGGAGGGGAGUUUUUCUCUCUCUCUCUCUCUCGGAUCUUUGCCUUUCAGGCUGACGCAUCAGAGGUCACCAGCGUGGUACCGUCGCCCAGCCCACUGGCCUUCAGUUUGUUGGAGAACCCCAAGCAGGAUUCCCAUGAGGAGGCAGAGGUCAUACUGGAGGAGCUGAAAACUGAGCAUGGCCUCCUCCAGCAGAGGAUUCUGAAGCUCACCGAGCAGAUCCGGGUGCAGCAGACCCACCGCAACGCCAACAUCUCCGAGUACCUGCGGCUCAUCGCUCGCGCCGACAGUGCCCAGGCCUUCCGUUUCAAGCAGGCCUUCGAGAAGAAGAACCACUACCUCUCCUCGGUCAUCCUGCAGCUCCAGAGGAAGCUGGAGCACUACGUCAGGAAACAGCAGCAGCUGGAGCGGGAGAUGGGCCUCCUGCGGGAGAGGAACCCCUCCCUGUUUGCGAUCCAGGGGGCAAGGGACGAAUAUCUGCCAGAGGAGAACCAAGCAGAAUCCCCGUUCCACAGUGAAGGCAGUACAUCCAAGACAACCCUCCUACCGCGGACAUUGUCGGAGAUGCAAGGUGCCUCCAAGGAGACCCCACUGGACACAUUUAGCCCUCCCUACCAAAAUCUCCACACCUCACAGCAACUCACAAUGCCUGACGAAGACUACUCCAUCACUACCAGCUACUCCGAGGAGCUGCAAGACCUGGCAGUGCUGAACUAUGACAUUAAAGCAAACGGGAUCAAUUCCUUCGAUAGGCAAAAUAUUGGCUACCUGUCCAUACUGGAGGAGUUGACCGACAUCAAAGAAACGCAACUGAAUUUGGAGCUGAACUUUAAGAACAUAGCAGAGCAGUACAAUCAGCAUUACUCGGUUUUUAAAGAGUCCUUAGAAGAGGAGAGAUACAGGUCAACCCAACUUCAGGCCGAACUGAAUGACCUGAUGGACCUUCACCAGAAUGAAGUGCUGAACUUGAAGAGUGAGUUGGCCAGCCUAGAGGAGAAGAUCGCCUACCAGUCGUAUGAGAGCAGCAGAGACAUCUGGGAGGUGCUGGAGAACUUCCAGAGCAAAAUGGCUCGGCUGGAGCAACAGCAGCAAGCGGCUCAGGGGGAGAUUCUGGACCACGUCAACACCAGAGAGCUGCUGGGAAAGACCAUGAACCUGUUGCUCAUCAUCUUUGCUGUCGUUCUGAUGCUGAUGUCCACCAUAUCGGCCCUGGUCGCGCCCUUCAUCAAGACCCGGGCGAGAACUAUCAGCACUGCCUUAGUAAUUGUGCUGCUGUUCUUCGUGUGGCACAACUGGGAACUGCUCACUGCCUUCAUUGCCAGGCGGGUGAUCUUCCGUUGGCGUUAAGAGCUGCGGGCUGGAGCAAUGGGUCACACAAACCCCCUUUCUCCCCCAGGUUCACAGCAGCUCCACAAAGGUGUGGAGAGCUGGUGAGCUGUGCAGUACAGCGUUGGAGCAAUAAACUGCCUUCCUCCCCAUCCCGUCCCCCUCCCCAGGCCUCUCAAACAACCGUCCAAAGGAGGAUAGUAGCACCUGCUCAGAAAGAGCCAAAUUAAACACCCAGUUUCUUGCUCCCAUAUGUUACGACGCAUCAAGUCUAUAUCCACAUACAUCUUAGGGUUACUGCUCCGAUCACCCUCUCGGGCAGCUCCCUCCACCAGCUUCCAUGCGAAAAGGUUUCUUCUCGAGUCUGCCCCUUCAUCCCCCUUCCCAACCUCAUCUUUUUACCAAUCAUAUUUAAAUCUUUAUCCCCUGUUUGUUGACCUUUUCUCAAAUGGAAAUAGCUCCCUCCUGGCAUGGUGCCUCAAUUUUUUAAGCCCUCGAUUAGACCUCCUGUCCACCUCCCCUCCCCCCCCCCCACCCUUUAUCAUUAAAAUUUUCCAUUCCCGGCAAACCCUCCUUCUGCAUCCUCUCUUGUGCCAUCACAUCCUUCUUGUGAUACAGUGACCAGAACAGUAUGUCGUACUCUAGCUGCACCCCGACUGGUGUUUUCAGCAAACACCUUGCUGCCCUUACACACUCUGAUUAGGCCAAGAUGUAUGAGGCUUCCAAUUUUCUUCAGAACUAUCUGAUCCGAUCUGCCCGGUCUUGGAACCUUCAAGGAUCUGUGGACAUGUGUUCCAAGGUCCCCUGCUCUGUUACGAUUCUCACAAUCCUUAAGUUUAUUGUACAAUUUCCUUGUCCUGUUUAUUUCUCCCCAAAUGCAUUACUCUAUUGCCACUCUUCUGCCCCCUCCCUAACCAGUCCAUCGCUAUCUUCCUGCAGUUUGUAACUCUCUUCCACAUGGCCAAUUAUCGCAUUCAUUCCAAAUGUUAGAAUCAUGCUUACGCUGAAGGCUCUAGUCGCCGAUACACUGCCAGGAACCUGGUUUUAAAGCCUUGUGGAAACAGGAUCCACCCCAGUUACCUUUUACCUUUUGCCUCUCACUACUUAUCCUGUCUUAGAAUCAAACUGCCUGAGGAUUAUGCAGGUUUUUGUCUUCCAAAGCAGUCUACUAUUUGGUUUAAUGUCAAAAUGCUUGCUAAGAUCCAUACGGAACAUGUCUAAAUUGGAGCACCUGCAUCGUCUUCCUGGUGAACUCCUCAAAAUCAAGUCGGUCAGAAAAGACCCUCCCUUUAACAAACCAACACCUACUGCCCUUGAUUAAUUUGUGCCUUUUUAAAUGACCAUUGAGGCCAUUCAUUCCUUGGUGCUAUUUUUCCCCAAUAAUUAGCAAGCCAAAGUUAGAUUGACUGGUCUGUAAUGACCUGGUCUAUAUCCCUUCCUCAAACAAAAGGCGCCACAUUAGCAGGCUCCUGCAGUUCAGCACAAUACCCGUAACCCCAGAACACUACAAAAUGAUGGUCAGAACCUCUGCUAUUUCUCCCUCACAUGCUCGUCUUUGACAGACUGAUAUAGAGUGGUGAUCCAUCCACUUUCAAAAGACACUACACCCCUUAACCUUUUGCCAGCGCUCUGCAGUUCCUGCCCAACAUAGCACACUCUUUCACCUGAACCACAAUGUCUUCACCAGUUGUGUACGGCCCUCCCAUGUGAGCUAGAGUAUUCACAGACCGCAACUAGAGCUUGUCAAGGUCCAGGCAGCAGAGCCUGGAAGCUAGGAACAGGCACAGCACAAAGAGCCUUCCCCUUGAGGAGGGGGCUGUACACAAGUCGAUGCAACAGAGUCCAGCCUAAUGUUUUAGCACUGCAUUCGUCAAACCUUUUGCAGCCCUACCUGACUAGAGUGCCCAGCAGGUGAAGCUACCGCUGGAUUGUCAUCAGAAAGGGCACCGAUUGCACACGUUGCAAGAAUGGGCUGCGCAAAGGAAAAUAAAUAACUUAAAACAA